GGGGCCUGAGAAGAUGGGGGGUGAAGCCCUCCAGGGGUCGGGGCAGGUGUCAGAUCGAGGGCCCUAGGGUUUGGAAUGCAGGAGCCGCUUGGAAAUCGGAGGCUUUCGAGAGAUAGGACGUCUCAUGUAAAGGAAGAAGCAGCUGAGAGUGGGAACACGAGUUACUUUUCAUGUUACACCUUUGUUAGUGUUUGUUUACUUGUUGGGUAAUAAGCAAGCGCAUAUGAAGUUGGGGAGUUCCUCCGAGCAUGGCUGGGAGAAGGGAGGUCGGGGAGCCUCAGGGAAACCUGUUUGUGUUUGCCUUGUGCUGCUCGUCCAGGUUUGCAAAUGAAGAGCCCAGAAAAGAAGCGAAGGAAGUCAAAUACUCAGGGCCCUGCAUACUCACAUCUGACGGAGUUUGCGCCACCCCCGACUCCUAUGGUGGAUCACCUGGUUGCAUCCAACCCCUUUGAGGAUGACUUCGGAGCCCCUAAGGUGGGGGGCGCAGCCCCUCCAUUCCUUGGCAGUCCUGUCCCCUUUGGAGGCUUCCGUGUGCAAGGGGGCAUGGCAGGCCAAGUACCCCCAGGCUAUGGCGCCGGAGGUGGAGGGGGUCCCCAGCCUCUUCGUCGACAGCACCCCCCUUUCCCUCCCAACCCUAUGGGCCCUGCUUUCAACAUGCCCCCCCAGGGCCCUGGCUACCCACCCCCAGGCAACAUGAACUUUUCCAGCCAACCCUUCAACCAGCCUCUGGGUCAAAACUUUAGCCCUCCUGGUGGGCAGAUGAUGCCAGGCCCAGUGGGGGGGUUUGGCCCCAUGAUCUCGCCCACCAUGGGACAGCCUUCCCGAGGGGAGCUGGGCCCUCCUCUCCCCCAGCGCUUUGCCCAGCCAGGGGCGCCGUUCGGCCCCUCUCCUCUUCAGAGACCUGGUCAGGGGCUCCCCAGCCUGCCCCCCAACACAAGUCCCUUCCCUGGUCCGGACCCUGGCUUUCCUGGCCCUGGUGUGGAGGAUGGGGGGAAGCCCCUGAAUCCACCUGCGCCCACUGCUUUUCCCCAGGAGCCCCACACGGGCUCCCCAGCUGCUGCCGUUAAUGGGAGUCAGCCCAGCUUCCCCCCGAACAGCAGUGGGCGGGGUGGGGGCACUCCAGAUGCCAACAGCCUGGCACCCCCUGGCAAGGCAGGUGGGGGCUCAGGGCCCCAGCCUCCUCCGGGCCUGGUGUAUCCGUGUGGUGCGUGUCGGAGUGAGGUGAAUGAUGACCAGGAUGCCAUUCUGUGUGAGGCCUCCUGCCAGAAGUGGUUCCACCGAGAGUGCACGGGCAUGACCGAGAGCGCCUAUGGACUGCUGACCACCGAGGCCUCUGCCGUCUGGGCCUGUGAUCUCUGCCUCAAGACCAAGGAGAUCCAGUCUGUUUACAUCCGCGAGGGCAUGGGACAGCUGGUGGCUGCCAACGAUGGGUGAUGCUGGUGCGGUGACCCAGGGAAGCGCAUACGUUCCUCCCUGCUCUCCCAGGGUGGCUGUUUCCGUGUCUGGCUCUUGGUCCUUGUUUCCACUGGCUUUCCAUCCCCCGGAGCAGAAGUGCGGUGUCUCCUGAGGGCAGAAGAGGAACUGAGGUUGGACCGGCAGGAGCCCGGAUCGCUCACUGUUCUGGGAACUUUCACGCUGAGGUCCACAGAGAUCCAGGAAACCAAAGCCUGCUGAGCAGAGCCAUUGUUGGGUGGAUGUGUCUGGAGGCCGCGGGGUACGGCUGCAAGAGAAAAGAGGCUGGAGGAAGAUCUGGAAGGCAGGGGUACCCCUCUGUAGAUGAUGGGUGCCCCCAGCACCUGUGCCUAACACGCCUAUCUAGCCCCGCAGCUGCAGCCUUAGUUUUUGGAGUCACGUGUUAACGGUUUCUCGCGAGAGGAGUUUGGGUCUCUUCCCAUCCCUGCAGUAGCCCUUCCCUGGGCUCUGGGAGAGAGCUGUGGGGAAUAAAAAGGAUUUUCCUCUUU